AAAAGGUGUUUUCAUUAAUAUUAUUUAAUAAAUUCAUUGUUUACAUGUAGUUGUAGCCUGGUUCUUCAAGAUUAGUUUUAUCGUCUCGCGUCAUUCUGGCACAUAUAACGCGAAAUUGGUUUCGGAUGAAUUUGAAACUUUUAUAAGUGAAAAUAAAAAUAUACUUUUGUACCUGUACGUUUUGUUUAUCGACAAUUUUUAGAAGGAAGGAACUUUAGGCUAUCCAUGUUAAAGCAUAAGCCCGAAAUCAACCCCAAAUGAGCAAAUGUUUUGAUACCAGGUGCGUCGUUAUGGUAACACAUGUGCAAACUUAGUUGGUAAACAUUAAACACUUUAAAUUAAAAAAAAACAAUCAUGCCGCUGUUUGCGAAAAAGUUCGAAUCGAAGCCUAUACCAAGUCGUUUGGCCCGUUGCAACAUUGGAUGUCCUGCUAUAAGUGAGGAUCUUGAGGAUUUCAAGAAUAUCUCGCUUAACUUGGGAAAUAAAGAACUACGUUUCGCUGAUGGUAUUUGGAUACAUUCCACGCGGAAAUCUGAUACGGAUGACUUCCUCCGCUUAAAUCGACGUAUAAGGAAUCUUGAAGAAGAGAAUAAUUUAUGUAUGCUUAAAAUAGAAAUAUUUUUGGACCUGUUAGCUGAGCAAACCACCGAAUUGAAUGCUCUUAAGUUGAGGGAUAAGUAAAU